CGUUGCGAUAAAAGCCUGAGAGAAGAGGGAAGAUUCAGUCCGAGUCCGAGUGACAAACUUCUGGAGGUCUACAUCCCUGCGUUCGAGGAAUUCCAACUCCCCCGAGUGACCCCACAGCCACAGGACACUGAGCAACCAUGACCAAGGUUUUCUGCCUGUUUGUGCUGCUGCCUGCUCUCUACUGCACCCUAGUCAACUCUAUGGGGCUACUCCGCUCUAAGAGAGGGACUCGUUUUUACAGAGGUGAGCCUAACCGGCAGCCAUCAAGACGGACACUUGUGAUUAUUCAUGUCCAGAAGUCAUCACCUCCUCCCCUUGACACGUCUCAGCUGUGUGUGGAUAGUGAGACCUCAGCAGUGCGCCGUUUUGGCGACACUUGGCUGCGAUGGAGGGGACAGCGAGUGGAGUAUUGCCGUUGUGCGACGAGAGGACGAGAGCUUUGUCAUUUUGUCCCUGUGACCAACUGUUACAUAUCCCAUUGCUAUAAUGGAGGGAUGUGCAAAGAGGCGCUCUACACUUCUGACUACAUUUGUCAGUGUCCUCAAGGCUUCAGCGGCGCUCAGUGUGAGAUAAACACCAAGGAGAGCUGUGUGGCGGGUCAGGGAAAUGGUUAUCGUGGCACAUGGAGUAUCAGUCAAUCUGGCGCUGAGUGCAUCAACUGGAACGCCACAACUUUAAGAGGAAAAAGGUUCACAGCCAGGAAAGUGGAUGCCAGCAGUCUCGGACUCGGGAAUCACAACUUUUGCAGGAAUCCGGACAACGACAACAUGCCCUGGUGUUACAUCUACAAAGGAACUCAGGUCACAUGGGAGUAUUGUUCGCUUCCCAAGUGUCCAGAAGAUCAGUACAACGAAUGUAUACAGGGCUCUGGUCAGACGUACAGAGGAACUACUGCUGUCACCAAAAGUGGAACAAGCUGUUUGCCGUGGGACUUUCCGUCUUUGAGGCGCAAACUCAACAACGCAUGGAGAUCUGACGCACUGGAUCUGGGACUGGGCAGUCACAACUUCUGUCGGAAUCCUGAUGGGGACGUGGCUCCUUGGUGUCACAUUUACAGAAAUAUGCAGCUGACCUGGGAACUGUGCGAUAUAACCAAGUGCUCGAGACGUCCACUGAUUACCACCAUUGGUCCUCGUGCUCCAACAACUAACAACAACAAUCAAGCCGCAUGCGGCCAGCGUUUGGACAACUCAGUCAGUCGACCAUCUUUCCGUAUGUUUGGCGGCAGAGUUAGUGACAUCACAGAGCAGCCGUGGCAGGCUGCAAUCAACGUAUACCAAGCACGACUGCGAAACCACUUCCAUCGCUGUGGUGGCGUCCUCAUCGACUCUUGCUGGGUGUUGUCUGCUGCUCACUGCUUUGAGGACGUCAACAAAGCAGAGAAGUUGGAGGUGGUUCUGGGCAGAACGUUUCGGAAACAGAAUUCCAGUAGCGAGCAGAUUUUCAAAGUGGAGAAGUACUGGAUCCACGAAAAGUUUGACAACGAAACAUACGACAAUGAUAUUGCUCUGCUGAAGCUAAAGACGGACAUCGGUAUAUGUGCCAUUAAUUCUCCUGAGGUUCUCCCGGCGUGUUUGCCUGAACGCAACUUGGAGCUGCCUGAUUGGACUGAGUGUGAAAUCUCUGGCUAUGGGAAAGACUCAGAGUUCUCUGCAGAGUUCUCUGAGCGUGUGAAGAGAGGCUACGUGCGCCUGUGGCCCAGAGAUCGUUGCGUCCCUGAGGUUCUGUCAGGACGGACAGUCACCUCCAACAUGCUGUGUGCCGGUGACACCCGAGGGCUGGAUGAUGCUUGCAAGGGCGACUCCGGUGGUCCGCUCGUGUGCAAAAACAACAACAGGAUGACCUUGAUGGGUGUUAUCAGCUGGGGGGACGGAUGCGGGCAGAGAGACAAACCUGGCGUCUACGCCCGAGUGACUCGCUACAUCGACUGGAUCAACGACAAAAUCAACUCCAGUCCUGUUUAAAGACCAAACACUGUCCAGAGAAGUGAAACUUCCGGGGUCUGACACGGAUGAGGCCAAGUUUACGACCAGCAAGACUAUCUCCUUGCUAUUUGUGCUGAAUUCACAUUUGUCCAUUUGCCAUGGACGGAUUGUGUCUGUCCUGCAUCACAUGUUGAACAUGAUGUAGUCUUCACUACCGGUCGACUUUUUGGUCCAUGCAGAGACACAAACACUCUGAGAACAGCAGAUUAUGCUCUCCUUUCUUCAACAUGUUUUUUUUCAGAAAAGGCAGCAAAAUGUUGACAUGAUAAUAAUGAUAAUUUGAAUCCCUAGUCAGUCGACUAAACAAACACAGAGCUGACGAUUCAUGUUUUAAUGCAAGCCUAAGGUUAGCUUGGGCUGGACAUUUGGAUGUCCUCUAUACAGACAAAGAUGCUGACUCAGGCUGAAGGUCAGUAAGACUGCAGGACCAGCAGUGCCCUGUCCUCCUUCAUAUUCAACCUGAAACUACAAAUAAAAAUGUCCAUAUGAAUCCGAUUUGUCCUGAAGUGAACAAGUGAGUGCCCAGUGAUGAUGUUGUGAGCUGCACAAAGGUCUUCUGUUCUAGCUUCGCCUGCGGCGCACGACAAAUAAUUGUGUACAUCUUAUCAUGAGCCUUUGAUCCAACCAAAUCUGCUGGUACAGAUUCUUCCAUUAAAAACACAACAGCAACAGCGA